CCCAAAUAUCACAUAAACAAAAUUUCCGACAUAAAAAAAUACUCCGUCGGAAAGGUUCUCAAAAUACAAAACCUAGAAAUUAAAUUUGUGGAAUUGAAGAAGAACUUGUCAACACUCGUAAUCAAAUCCUAAAAAUUAUCAGUAGCUAAUAAUUGAGUAUGAGGUCGAAAAGACUAGAACUUCUAGAAGCUCAGCAGAAGCAGAAGAAGCCGUCAACAGAAAGAAGACGAGAAGCUCCCCAGAACAAGAGGCUGUCAACAGCGAAGUCACGUGCUGGGUCUGUCAAUAACGGCCGAAAGGCAAAAGAAGUUGUGACUGAUGCAGUGGAUGAAGGACUCGAUGGCCGUAGGGCAAAUGAAAUUGUGACUGAUGCAGUGGAUGAAAGACCACCCAGCACUGCUGCUCUUGAGAAGCUGAGGUCUUCAACAACAAAAGCAUUUGCUGCCAUCGAAAAUGACAAUUGGGCAAACGAAAUUGUGAACAUUGCAGUGGAUGCAAGAAUCAAUGCUGUUGCUCUCAAGAAGCAGACAUCGUCAGCAAAAAAAUUACGUUCUGCAGUCGGCAAUGUCAGAAGAGCAAAAGGAAUUGUGGCUGAUGCAGUGGAUGAAACUCUGGACGCUGUUAGUCUUGAGAAGCAGACGCCGCCAGCAACAAAAUCACGUUCUGCAUUCGUCAAUGACCGAAGGGCAGAAGAAGUUGUGACUGAUGCAGUGGAUGAAGGACUCAAUCACGGGAGUGCAAAAGAAAUUGGGACUGAUGCAGUGGAUGAAAGAUUUGACACUGUUGCUAUCGAGAGGUCGUCAGCAACAAAAGCACGCAUUCCAUUCGUCAAUGUCUCAAGGGCAAAUGAAAUUAUGACUGACACAGUGAAUGAAAGAGUCAAUGUUGUUGCUCUCGGGGAGCAGAGGUCAUCAGCAACAAAACCAUUUUCUGCAUCCGUCAUUGGUAGUAGAAGAGCAAAAGAAAUAGGGACUGAUGCAGUAGUGGGUGAAAGACUCAAUGCUGUUGCUCUUGUGAAGCAGAGGUCGUUAACAAUAAAACCACGCAUUACAUUUGUCAUUCGCCAGAAGGCAAAAGAUAUUGUGACGGAUACAGUGGAUGCAAGACUCAACCCUGAUGCUCUCGAGAAGCAGAUGUCGUCAACAACUAGACCAUUUUCUGCAUUUGCUGACCGCAAUAAAGCAAGUGAAAUUGUGACUGAUCCAGAGGAUGAAAGACUCGACGCUGUUGCUGACAUGCUUGAUGCUAGGAGCGAUGAUGGAGAUGAAGAUACUGACACGCUUGAUACUAGGAGCGGUAUAAGAGAUGAAGAUGCUGACAUGCUUGACACUGGGGGUGAUACACGAGAUGAAGAUGUUAACAUACUUGAUGCGGAUGGAAACGGUGAAAUGCAAUUUGCAGAGGACCAAUCAUUACCCUUCAACUGUUAUGAAGAUGCUGACAUACUUGAUGCGGAUGAAAAUGGUGACAAGCAAAUUUUGGAUGACCAAUCGUUACCCACCAACUCUGAGCACGUUGUAGGCUCGUCAAGGAAAAGGAACCGUGAAAUGGCUGGAGGACAAGUAACUGACCUUUAUAGGGAGUCUAACAGCGCAAACUGCACAGAUAAUGGCCAAGGAAGCAUCUCUGUGCCAUCAGAUGGGCGUAUCCCAAUUAAAUUCGACAAAUAUGGGCGGCCUUGUGAUGUUGGCUCAGUAGCAUUCGCAACGUAUAUUGGAAAGAUAGUACGAGCAUGUUGUCGUCCUGCGAUUGUGUCUUGGACAAAAGUUCCAAACAGCGUCAAAGACACUAUAUGGAAAAAUGUUAUUCAUAUGUAUGCCGUGCCUGAAAUUUAUAAGCCUAAUGUUCUGUCAAGGGCUGGCAUGUCAUGGAGAAAUUGGAAGCAUAAUCUGCGUUUAGAAUUGGAUGAACAAAAGACAAUUGCUGAGAGAAAAAAAAAUAUUCCAUGGCGUUUGAUUACAAAGAGAGAAGAUUGGGAAAGUUUUGUUGAUUUCUGCAAUACUGACGAGGAUAGGAAACGUCGUGCAGCUGGUAAAAAAGCUUGCGAAGCUGUUGAAUUAAUACAAAAAUGUGGAAGGACAGGAAUUUAUCGCAAAAUAUACGAAAUGGAAAAAGAGAGCCCAACUGGUGAAGUUAACAGAGCUGCGAUAUUUGUUGAUACCCAUGUUUCUAAGACUGUAAAUGAUCCUAAAAUGAAAUUGGUUAAAGAGCUUGUAGAAGCUAAUCCAGACGGUCAAAAGGAUAUCGACCACGAUGCUGUCGCAUUGGUAUAUGGACGUGAUUCCAGUUUUAUAAAAGGUAUGGGAGCAGGUGUUUCACGGACUAAGAUACGUACUUUGGCCGCAAGUUCAGAGAUUCUUCGCAGAGUACAGCAAGAAAACAAGAGUUUGCAGUCUGAUAUCCAUGUACUCCGAACACAACUUGGAGUACACACACCAAAUCAUACUUCUAUGGCUGCAAGUUCAGAGAUUCUUCGCAGAGUACAGCAAGAAAACACGAGUUUGCAGUCUGAUAUCCAUGUACUCCGAACACAACUUGGAGUACACACACCAAAUCAUACCUCUAUACAAUCUAAUCAAUCUGUGGCCCAUACACAAAAUCGUACUUCUGCACUGUCAAAUCAAUCUGCGCCAUACUCACAAAAUCGUACUUCUACACCAUCAAAUCAAUAUGCGCCUCAGACACAAAUUCGUACUCCUACACCAUCAAAUCAAUCUGCGCCACAUACACAAAAUCGUAUGUCUACACCAUCAAAUCAAUUUGCAUCUCAGGCACUUGAAGCGUCCAACUCGCCUGCUCGUUCACGUUUCGUUCCUGAUGUGUUCAACUUGCCUACUCGUUCAUGUUUGGCACCCCCUGCAUCCAACUUGCCUGCUAUGUCAUGUUUCAUAAAAAACUUCAAAGGAAAAACCAUUGCAUUAGGCAGUAUCAACACUGCUGAUCCACCUAUGGAAAAUGUCUAUAGUUUAGUUUUCGAAGAAGUAUUUGACAGAGACGCAGAAUUAUUUGAUGAAGAUGGGAAGCUUGGAGAUGUUAUGAUUGGUGGCGUGAUUAAUUGGCCAAAAGCAUGUGUUGAGUUCAACUUGCCUGCUAAUUCAUGUUUCAUACGGAACUUUAAGAGAAGAACCAUCGCUUUUGGCAGUAUCAACACUGCUGAAUCGCCGAUGGAACAUGUUUAUAGUGUAAUUGUGAAAGAAAUAUUUGACAGAGAUGCGGAAUUAUUUGAUGAAGAUGGGAAGCUUGGAGACAUUAUGAUCGGUGGCUUGAUAAAUUGGCCAAAAGCAUGUGUUCAGCCUUGUUGACAGUAAUCCAUGUCAUUAUUGUUUUUUCAUUUCCUGUAACUAACUAGCAUGUAGAGUAAUCGCAAGUGUUGUUCUCUGGGUUCCAUUUUAGAAGUUUUAUUUCUA